GCGAGAGCUCCGCCCGGCUCCGGCUUCCCCCAGCUGCGGAAACCCGCGGGCGCCGAGGGGGCGGACCGAUCUCCGCGGACCCCGGCGUCCUGGGGCGGCCGAGGCGGGCGAGGGCCGAGCGCCGGAGACCCCGAGCGCCCCGCGCCCCAGGCACCAUGCGACCCGCCGCGCCUCCUCGCCGGCCCCGGGCUUCGCUCUCCGCUCGCUGAGCCCCGCGCUGGCCACCGCGGCAAGUCGCAAAGACGAGGCGGGUCUCUGGAGAGCAGCGGGGACACCGCCUCGGACGUCCCCUCCGCCCCACAGAGGCUGCAGGUCCCUCGUUCUCUGGGCUUCUCUAGCUUUUCCAUGAACCUGGCGCAAGCUUGGCUUUAGGAGAAAUUCAGAAGCCGGAGGGGGAGUCAGUGCAAUUCUUUGGUUGCUAAGCGUGAGUGAAGACAUCCAUGAUGGCUCAGGGAUCUGGGGAUCAAAAAGCAGUGGGAAUUGCUGACCCAGAGGAGAGUUCUCCAAAUAUGAUAGUCUACCGCAAAAUCGAAGACAUCAUUACAAAGAUGCAAGAUGACAAAACAGGUGGUGUGCCCAUCAGAACAGUCAAGAGCUUUCUCUCCAAAAUUCCCAGUGUUGUCACAGGUACUGACAUUGUACAGUGGCUUAUGAAGAACCUUUCCAUCGAGGACCCAGUUGAAGCAAUACACUUGGGAAGCCUUAUAGCUGCCCAGGGCUACGUCUUUCCGAUCUCAGACCACGUUCUCACCAUGAAGGAUGAUGGCACCUUUUACCGUUUCCAGGCCCCGUACUUUUGGCCUUCCAACUGCUGGGAGCCUGAAAACACCGACUACGCCAUCUAUCUCUGUAAGAGGACAAUGCAGAACAAAGCAAGACUGGAACUGGCAGAUUAUGAAGCGGAAAACUUAGCAAGACUCCAGAGGGCCUUUGCAAGGAAGUGGGAAUUCAUCUUUAUGCAAGCAGAAGCUCAAGUGAAGAUAGAUCGGAAAAAGGACAAGACGGAAAGGAAAAUUUUGGAUAGUCAAGAACGGGCCUUUUGGGAUGUGCACCGGCCAGUGCCAGGCUGUGUGAACACAACAGAAAUGGAUAUCAGGAAAUGCCGACGUCUGAAGAACCCACAAAAGGUUAAAAAGUCAGUGUAUGGCGUGACAGAAGAGUCCCAGUCGCAAAGCCCCGUACACAUACCCAGUCAGCCAAUCAGGAAAACUACAAAAGAGGACAUCCGGAAACAGAUAACAUUUUUGAAUGCACAGAUUGACAGACAUUGUUUAAAAAUGUCCAAAGUGGCUGAAAGCUUAAUUGCUUACACAGAACAGUAUGUGGAAUAUGAUCCUUUGAUCACGCCGGCCGAGCCAUCCAAUCCCUGGAUCAGUGAUGAUAUCACUUUAUGGGACAUAGAGAUGAGCAAAGAGCCCAGCCAGCAGCGAGUCAAGAGGUGGGGCUUCUCUUUCGACGAGGUAUUAAAGGACCAGGUGGGGCAGGACCAGUUCCGGAGAUUCCUGGAGUCCGAGUUCAGCUCAGAAAACCUCAGGUUCUGGUUGGCUGUCCAAGACCUCAAGAAACAACCCCUCCAGGAUGUGGCCAAGAGGGUAGAAGAAAUCUGGCAAGAGUUCCUGGCUCCAGGGGCCCCAAGCGCAAUCAACCUGGAUUCUCACAGCUACGAGAUAACCAGUCAAAACGUCAAAGAUGGAGGGAGAUACACAUUCGAAGAUGCCCAGGAACACAUCUACAAGCUGAUGAAGAGUGACAGCUAUGCCCGCUUCCUCCGGUCGAACGCUUACCAGGACUUGCUGCUGGCCAAGAAGAAGCCAGAAAGUGAGCAAGGUCGUAGAACUUCCUUAGAAAAGUUCACUCGCAGUGUGUGCUGCUGGCGCAGAGUCAGAAUGGCCGCUGCAUUUCACCCCCGAGGUGGCUUCCUUCCAGCAGUGGGGAAAGUCGCUGGCGGGCAAGCGGCUCACCGGCCUGAUGCAGUCCUCCUGACGGUGCCCACCGCGGGGCCCGGGCCCGACGACCCCGCGGGCAGGCGGCGGCGCUCCACCUCCGCGGACAGAGUCUCCCUCCGAGGGGACCUGGUCACUGUGAAAGAGAAGGAGUGAGGGCGAGGACGGGCAGCAGAGGGGAGACUCGGUGGGUGACUGGGGACACCGUAGAGAACGAGUCCACAGAGCCUGGGCUCGGCCCUGCAGAGACCCCCGUUUACAACCCUCUCUUCCUUGUACAGUUGUGCGCCGACGCCCCGUU